AUGGAGACAUUGGGCGAUGCGCUCGCAAAGCGCAGAUCCAAAGUGGAGGUGCCGCAAUGCUGCUUCGAAGGCUACGGCCUGGAACAAGUGGGCUCAAAAGGAUCCGCUCCGGAAUCCUGUCCUCGACCGGUGGAGGAGUCCAGGACGGAUGCGGAGGGUUCCAAGAUGACCGACGAGGAGGACGAGUACUCCGAGUACUCGGAUGAAUACUCCAAAGUAAGCUCCGGUGAGGAGCAUGUCGAUGUGCCGAGCACCGGCACAAAAAAAGAAUCCGACGAGUUUUCGGAUGAGCCUCGAACUGAGGCUCUGGAGGGCGAGGAAAGUGAAGAAGAGUACUCCGACGAGUAUUCAGAGGACGAGUACUCCGAAAUCUCUGCCGACGAGGCCAGCGACGCCAACAAAGAGGCUGAGAAGGAGGAGUCGCGAGAGGGAGACUCCGCUAAUCCAGCCUCUCCGUGUGACUCGAACGAAGAAGUCGACAAGGACACUGGCUCAGCGGAGAAAGAGGAACGUUCCGCCCAAGGCUCCGGCGAGGAACGUGUCGAUGUAUCGAGCACCAGCGCCCACAAGGAGGCCCUCAACGAAAAGGAUGAGUACUCGGAUGGGUCUGGAUCCGACGGUUUGGAGGGCGAAGAAGGUGAAGAAGACGAGUACUCGGACGAGGACGAGUGUUCGUCGCAACACUCCGUGGCUGAGUACAAUGAUGUGAAUGCCGGUGGGGCAGAGGCAGAUGAGGCCAGCGGCGCGAAUGAAGAGGCCGAGAAGGAGGAGCCAGUGGAGAUCAUGGUGUCCGUGCCGGAGGGUGGAGACUUCAUGUGUCCAGCCCCUCCGCGUGACUUGCAAGAAGAAGCCGACAAGGACUCGGGAUCGGCGGAGAAAAACGCGCGUCCCCUCCAAUCCUCCGGUGAGGAGCUUGCGUCGAGCACCGGCGCUCACCAGGAGGCCCUCAACGAAAAGGAUGAGUACUCGGAUGGGUCUGGAUCCGAGGGUUUGGAGGGCGAAGAAGGUGAAGAAGACGAGUACUCGGACGAGGACGAGUGUUCGUCGCAACACUCCGUGGCUGAGUACAAUGAUGUGAAUGCCGGUGGGGCAGAGGCAGAUGAGGCCAGCGGCGCGAAUGAAGAGGCCGAGAAGGAGGAGCCAGUGGAGAUCAUGGUGUCCGUGCCGGAGGGUGGAGACUUCAUGUGUCCAGCGCCUCCGUUGCCACCGACACUGCUAACAAGUGGAUUCAAGGCCAGUGGGCAAGAUGCAACCGAGGAGGCUGAGAAGAAGCAGCCGCCAGAGAUCGGUUCGAAAGUAGACGGUGAGGACCAUGGGAGUCCAGACCCGACGAACCCAGAUCCUGUGUGUGGCUCGCAAGAUGAAGUCGGUGAUGCCCAGGUUGAUGAGCAGUUGUCACAACAGGACAGCGAGCUGAUUACCGGGAGCCUGAAGCCGGAAGACUGCGUCCUCACGGGCGAGGGCCGGCUGAAGCUCAUCGAUUUCGGUUUGUCGAAGUUCAUCGUCCACAAGACGUACACCACGUGUGGCACCCCCGAUUACUUCCCGCCGGAGAUCAUUACUUCGGCCGGCCACGACUUCGAUGUCGAUUGGUGGGGCGUGGGAGUCAUGACCUUUGAGCUUCUCGCUGGUAACCCGCCUUUCGAGGCUGCAUACCCGAUCCAGAUCUACAAAAACGUCCUACAGGGCAUCGGGAAGGUGACUUUCCCGAAGGCCAUGACGCCUGCAGCGAAAAGCUUGAUCCACCAACUCUGUGGACAGGUUCCCCAGAAACGGCUUCCACAUGGUCCCCGAGCAUUGGAAGAGCAGGCUUUUUUUGCCCCUUUGGGCCCUUGGACAG